ACUGGGAGUCUGGGGCGGCUUAGACUCAGUCACCAGCCAGCGGAGCGUGGGCCGCUAGUGUCCCUGCAGGUGCGGGGCCGGGCGGGCGGAACCCGCGUGGCGGGGAGCUCGUUUGACCCCGGAACCCCGCCGGGGAUGGCCCACGCGAUGGACGCGGUGGCCACGGCGGGAGACGCAGACGGAGAGCUGGCCUCUGCAGAGCGGCUGCACGCUGCUCGCUGCUGGUGGGACGCAUGGCUCCAGCAGGGACAAGUUGCUUCCUGAAGGAUCUGUGUGUAUUGUUCAAAACAUAAUCAGAAAAGUGCCUACAGCUAGAUGGCUCACGUCUUCGUGUACGGCACCCUGAAACGAGGCCAACCCAACCACAAAGUGAUGCUGGACCAGUCACAUGGCUCAGCAGCCUUCCAAGGCCGGGGCUGCACACUUGAUUCCUUCCCAUUGGUGAUCGCCGGCGAGCACAACAUACCAUGGCUGUUACACCUGCCGGGCAAGGGCCACUGUGUGGCAGGUGAGAUCUACAAGGUGGAUGAACAGAUGCUGAGCUUCCUGGAUGACUUCGAAGGCUGCCCCAGCAUGUACCAGCGCAGGGCCCUGCAGGUGCAGGUGCUUGAGUGGGAGGGUGCCGAUGACCCUGGGGACAGGCUCCAGUGCUUUGUGUACAGUACAGCCACCUAUCCACCUGAGUGGCUGCAUCUCCCCUACCAUAAAAACUAUGAUUCUGAGGGCCCGCACGGGCUGCGCUACAAUCCCCGGGAAAGCAGGUGAGGGGCCCAGUGGCUGCCUGGCUCAACAUCUGUCUAUAAAACACGUUGACAAAAGGUCUUUGACACAAAUUUUGCAAAUGCUCUAAUCCGAUGUUACUAUUGCUUGCUAUUCAAGGGAGAUUUUGGGCUUGCAGCUAGCUACUAGAUGAGAGACACUCUGGGAUGAAGUCCCCUAAAUGUCAGUUACAGGGCACCUGGUACUCCUUUUUGGCUUUGCUUUGCUUCAAAGAUGGCAUCUCCUGUGACUAGAGACCCGGCUGCAGUUGAAUCUCAGAAACUGAAUGUAUUGAUUCCCACAUACGCAAUCUAGAAGGAAGUGGUGGGAAAAUACCCUCAAGAGAAGCACCUGGACUGUGUACUCCAUCACACACAAACUAUUAAAACAGCCGUUAAGAUAGAAGUAUGUUGUUUGGUCCUUUUUAUGUACUUACUUGAUAGAAGGUGAAGUCAGGAGUAGUGACUUGCUGGGAGACAGCUGAGCCCUCAGACUUUAUAUUGUUGAUGGGUGCCUAGCUCUCGGCAGCCUUGCCCAUCUCUACCACCUGAAGGUGCAGGCUUUGGGGGUAGGCCUUUCAGAAGAACCAACACAUUAGUAAUUUGUUCCUCAGGCCCUGACAGAAGGCUUUGCUCCCAAAUACAAACAACACUUAAUGUUGGGAAGCCACGAAGUACCAAUUACCUCCACCUCCAUCUGAUAAUCUGUCAGCACACGAUUCUGCUGCUGCCUCCUAGUGAAGUAGAAAAUGGAUUCCAAGAAUUGCAGAAGGAAAUGCAGCUGCUGGCUGAGCACCCUGGCACUCUGCGAAGAGCUCACUCGCCCUCUUCAACAACUGCACAGAAACACAACUGUUAUUUUUAGCCCCUUUUCCUUAAUUGGAAACUUGCUUCACAAAACAGAAAGGCCAAGAUGGGUAGCAGCCUGGACCACAACAUUGAAGGGGAGGCAUCCUAACCAUGGAGAGAGGGAAAGGGACCUGGACAGCAUGCUUGUCAUUGGAUCAGCGCGGGCAGCACCCUCUGUCAGUCCACAGACCCCAAGAUGGUGAUCCAGCUCUUCAGUCAUCCAUGGACCCACACAGAAGGGGGCGUCCAGACCCUUCAUCUGUGCUACCUGGUCUGAGGAAGUCAUGAGUAAUGAGCCCCAGGAAUCCGUCCUGAAUGAUGGAAGAAGGGAG